CAAAUACGAGGUUUGCCUUAUCCUCUUUCUCUGCAGGGAAAACUCUUCGUUCUGCUACAAUGCGGUCUCUCCCUUCUCAAGCCAUGCUGACUCUCUCUCCGUCUAUAUCUUCGGCCCGCUUUCCUUUCCUCUCUGUAUCGCUGCCCAUUUUCCCCAAAUUCAAAUUCAACCCCAUAAUUUAUAGAAAAUCAGAAAAGGGUCCUCCUUUUAUGGCUGUUCGAUGUUGCAGUUCUGGUUCCAUCACUGCAAAGCCGUCUUCGGAGAUUCGCAGGAAGCACACUGAACCUGAAUCUGAUGACAAGCUUCGUGCCCUCCGCGAGCACUUUUCCAGGCAUGGAAUUGGUAUUGAUGCUUAUAUCAUCCCUUCUCAGGAUGCCCAUCAGAGUGAGUUCAUUGCUGAAUGCUAUAUGAGGAGGGCUUAUAUAUCAGGUUUUACUGGCAGUGCUGGGACUGCUAUUGUCACAAAGGAUAAGGCUGCCCUCUGGACGGAUGGUCGCUAUUUUCUCCAGGCUGAAAAGCAGCUGAACUCAAGUUGGAUGCUCAUGCGUGCUGGUAAUUUUGGAGUCCCUACAGCAAGUGAAUGGCUUAACAGUGUUUUGGCUCCUGGUGGCAGAGUUGGUAUUGAUCCUUUUCUGUUUUCUUCAGAUGCUGCAGAGGAAUUGAAGGAGGCUAUAGCUAAGAACAAUCAUGAGUUGAUUUCCUUGUACGAUUUAAAUCUUGUGGAUGAAAUAUGGAAAGAAUUGAGACCAAAACCUCCAAACAAACCAAUUAGAGUUCAUGAUCUAAAGUAUGCCGGUCUAGAUGUGGCAUCCAAAUUGUCUUCCCUGAGAUCCAAGUUAGAGGGUGCUGGUGCAUCUGCAAUUGUUAUAUCCAUGCUUGAUGAAGUUGCUUGGUUGUUGAACUUGAGAGGAAGUGAUGUUCCACAUUCGCCUGUUAUGUAUGCAUACUUAAUUGUGGAUAUAAAUGGAGCAAUGCUUUUUGUAGAUAACUCUAAAGUUACACCAGAGGUGAUGGAUCACUUGAAGAAUGCUGGCGUAGAAUUGAGGCCAUAUGAUUCCAUCCUUUCUGAAAUAAAAAGAUUAGCGACACAAGGAGCUUGCCUGUGGUUGGAUACAUCCUCUGUUAAUGCUGCUAUUGUAGAGACCUAUAGGUCUGCAUGUGAUAGAUAUCUUUUGAGCCAUUCAAAUAGAAGCAAACAAAAGACUAGACCUUCUGGAGUGAUCAUGAUGUCCCCAAUCUCUCUUGCAAAAGCAGUGAAAAAUGAUGCUGAGUUAGAAGGAAUGAGGAAUUCUCACUUGAGGGAUGCGGCUGCUUUGGCACAGUUUUGGUUUUGGCUAGAAGAGCAAAUUCGUAAUGGUGUGGAACUGACAGAGGUAGAUGUUGCUGAUAAACUGCUUGAAUUUCGUUCGAAACAGGCUGGUUUCCUAGAUACAAGCUUUGAUACCAUAAGUGGCUCUGGACCAAAUGGGGCUGUCAUACACUACAAACCUGAACCAGAUAGCUGUAGUGUUGUAGAUCCACAGAAAGUCUUCCUAUUGGACAGUGGAGCUCAAUAUAUUGAUGGAACAACUGACAUAACCAGGACUGUGCAUUUUAAUGAACCUACUCCCAGAGAAAAAGAAUGCUUCACUCGAGUUUUACAGGGUCACAUGGCUUUGGAUCGGGCUGUAUUCCCGGAAAAUACUCCAGGUUUUGUAUUGGAUGCAUUUGCCCGUUCUGCUCUUUGGAAGAUUGGACUUGAUUAUCGGCAUGGUACUGGCCAUGGUGUAGGAGCUGCAUUAAAUGUCCAUGAAGGUCCACAAAGCAUUAGCUAUAGAUAUGGAAAUAUGACUUCCCUACAGAAAGGCAUGAUUGUCAGUAACGAACCAGGAUAUUAUGAAGACCAUUCUUUUGGCAUUCGGACUGAGAAUCUCCUUUGUGUGAAAGAGGUUGAUACUCCCAAUCGUUUUGGAGGCAUUGGAUAUCUGGGAUUUGAAAAACUAACAUUUGUCCCCAUUCAGAGCAAGCUGGUCGAUUUAUCUUUGCUGUCUGCUGAGGAGGUUGAGUGGCUGAAUGAUUACCAUUCACAAGUUUGGGAAAAGGUUUCACCAUUGUUAGAAGGAUCUGUUCGUCAGUGGCUUUGGGACAACACACGCCCGCUCGUGAAACAGUGAUUGCCCUUUCACACCAUCUCUUUGUAGUCAUUUAUUGUAGAUCUUCAAAUCUGUAUGUUAAAUUUGUUUAACAUUUUCUAGACAACAUUGAUUCAUGAUUAUGGAAUGUUAUACCAUCCUUCUCAACAUGAAUUAACCAUAUAUAAAAGCUUCCAUGAAGGAAACAAUACACGGGGAGCUGAUACUCUAUCGGGCAAUCUAUACCAAAAAUUAAAGGCCAGAAUUCAAGAUGGAUCAUGUGGGGAACCAAAUUAACAAAACGUCAAAAAAUGAGGACUGAAUUUUCAAGGUGUCACCAACCUCCUUUGGGCUGGAAGUGUCAGACAACGGAACAACGGAACUAGUCAAUUUGGGUGAGAAACUUCUAAUUUGCCUCUGUCCUGAAGAAGUUGCGUGACUGUCAGUCUCUGGAGAAAAGAGCAAAUGAGUGUAUUAAAAGACAUCAUACCUGGGAAACGAACUUUCAGCCUUUCAACUCACUUCUCCUAAUAAAAUCAUCUGCCUUCU